CAACCAAGCAUCAACAAUUCCUUCAAACACAUCCGAGCACCUCACCCACGAAACGCAGCCGAGAAAACCUUCCUUUCUUCAAGCAAAGCCGAAUACCACCCACAAAUCAGAAUCAAGAUGGUGUUCUACAGGAAGGAUCAAGAGUCGCAGCAAUUGACGGACGAGGAGAGGCGCAAGAAGAAGAUGAAGUGGACGAUCGGCAUCAUCGCCUUCGUCAUCUUCCAGGUAGUCCAGGCCCUCUUCUUUGUCCUCGUCAUCAUGAAGUUCAAGUCUCCCAGGUUCAGGGUGAGCGAGUUCGACAUCCAGUCCCUGACCGUCGGGACUCAAACCUCGCCCUCGUUCGACAUGACCUUCGUCGCCCCAAUUCGGAUCAAGAACACCAAUUGGGGCCCCUUCAAGUACGGUGCCACCACCGUUAACUUCGUCUACGGAGGCAUUCAGGUGGGACAGGUGGCCAUUCCAAAGAGCAAGGCCAACUUCAAGUCCACCAAGAAGAUCGACACCACCGUGACCUUGAACUCCACAAGCCUGCCUAGCGAUUCAACACUCGGGAGCGAGUUGAGCUCGGGGGUCAUCACGUUGAACAGCCAAGGCGAGCUCAAAGGGAAGGUGACUGUCAUGUUCAUGUUCAAGAAGAACAAGACCUCGCAAAUGAACUGCACUAUGGCCAUUGAUGUGUCCACAAAGGCAUUGAAGUCCUUGUCAUGCACAUGAGAGUUGAGACGGUGAUCUCUAUAUUAGGUUAUUGUUUGUGUGGUCUGCUUAUUUGUUUGCCGCCAAUUGUUUUAGGACUAUGUGUCCUAUUAGUAUUCAUUGGGUCCCGGUUGUGUGUAUUUAGUAUGAUUGGAAAUGAGGAUAUUUUUGCUUA